UAUUUCAUUAUUAUCUUUCAAAAAACUAAAUUCUGAUCAGCUGACAUCAUAAUAUACGAGAUCGAACGUUGUUACCUUUCGGUAGUUUUUCAAAACAUGAAGGUCAAAUAGAUAUAUAAUUUUUGUCGAUUUUAGUAAUAUGAUAAGAAUAAGCUAACUACUGUAUUAUUAUCAAGAAAUUCAUUUCUAAUCUGCAGACAACUAUAUAGAAAGGUGAAUGAGCGAAAGAAAAAGAGUGAUAUGGCAUUCCUAAAAAUAUUAAGUUAUAGUCUAAUAUUUAUUGUCGCGGCAGCUCCUUUUAUUGAAGCACAAUCGCGACAUUAUGAUAUCUAUUUUGUACUAAAUAGCAAUGCUAGUAUCUUCCACGGCGAAUACAAUGUCAACAUUUAUAUUCCUCACGAAACACAAGAGAUAGAUUUUUAUACAGAAAAUUUGUCGAUAACUAAAAUUACGGUAACAAACAAUACACAAAAAAUAUCUAAAGAAAGCAAAGAAAAAAUUUUUGCCCGUAGACCGAAGGAAAUUAUCCAUGACACUGAAACCUAUAUAACCACAAUUUCUUUUCCAUAUAAUUUAUUGUCAGGAAAUUAUACUCUGAAUGUGAAAUUUUCCGGUCUUUUAACUGAAGAUGGAGGAUUUACAAUUUACAUAGAUGAAGAAAAUGAAAGAGUGUGGUUCGCCGCAACGCAUUAUCAGACAAUUGCGACUCGAAGAUUAUUUCCACUUUUGAAGGAUACUUUAUAUGCCAGUUAUAACAUUUCUAUAAAGCAUCACAAACACUACAGGGCUUUUUCAAAUAUGCCGGUUCAAGAAAUAAAUAUGGAUGAAAAUAAUAUGCAAUGGACACGCUUCAAAUCUACUCCUGUAAUGCCCGUAUAUUUCAUAGCGGUUAGUAUAGCUCAUGUCGCCUUAACUUCAGAAACAAAUCAGGCUAUCAAAUUGUGGUGCAGGACAGACAUAAUAUCAUAUGUGCAAUUUGCAUACACAGCUGCUAAAGAUAUUGCACAGUACUUAGAUAAAGCGUUUCCGCAUAUGAGCAAAGGAAGUCCGGAAACAAAUCAUAUCGUGAUUCCGAAAUUAUUAAAUGAAGAGGAUAUAAAAUUCGGAUUCGUUCUUUAUGGAGAAAAGAAUAUUAUGUUUAAUGAAAAAAUAGAUUCUGAUAUACGCCGUGUUGAAAUAACUCGAGUAAUGGGAUACAAAGUGGUGCACGAAUGGUUUUAUAAUGCAAUCGAUCCAUAUAUGUGGGAAGUCUCGUUAAGCAAAGGUUUUGCUACAUUCUUUGGAAUUUUUGCCACCGACAAAAUAUUUCCGCAUCUUCGGAUACAAGAUUUCUUUGUGGUUCAAAUGCAACAUGAUGUUCUUCAUUGGAGAACCAAGAACACAUGGCCGUUCCCAUUAAUCGUAUCAACAUAUGAUAUCGAUACGACUUUUGAAAUUCCUAGUUACAUCAAGGCAAGCAUUAUGUUCCGCUCGUUGCAAAUUAUAUUUACUGAAGAGAACUUUCUGUAUGGUAUCGGUUUGUAUUUCAAAUAUAAAGCUCUUGGCAGUUUUAUUUUCUUUGACGUUAUGCAAUCAGUCAGCGAUGGAUAUUCAAUGAAAUAUAAUGUAACGGCUAGAAUAAUUAGUUGGACACAACUAAAACAUUACCCUGUGAUUAAUGUGGAAAGAAAUUAUAAUAAUAGCAGCUUGAAUAUAUCUGUAAACAAUUUUAAUAUGGAUAUAUGGAUAUUUGUGAAUAUUACUACACAAACGCAUCUCAAUUCGAAGAAAUUAUUGUCUGAAGUGUGGUUAGCACCGUAUAUUUCGCAAUAUACAUUAAAUAUAGAUUUCAUAGAUAAGAAUGAUUGGAUAUUAGCUAAUUUACAACAAACUGAAUGCUAUCGCGUCAAUUAUGAUGCUGAGAAUUGGAAUAGACUUUCGAAAUACCUGAACUCCAAUACUUUUAGAAAAAUACAUGUUCUCGAUCGUGCUAAAAUCAUCGACGACACAUUUCACUUCAUGAUGACAGGUCAACUAAAUUCUACUAUAUUCUUCAAUAUUUCUCACUAUUUGCUGCGAGAUAAAGAUUAUAUCGCAUGGUAUCCUAUGUUCAAAAGCUUGGAAUAUAUGUCAGGUUUCUUUAAAUUUCCAGAAAGUGCAUUUAUGAAGACAGAAAUACUACAUCUCUUGAAUGGGAUUUAUUUGGAAAUACUAAAUACCAAUUUUAAUGGAGAUAAAAGUACGGAUAGUAGAUUAUUUACUGAAUGUUUAAAACAAGAGGCUACAAAAUGGUUAUGCACCUUAAAUCAUAAUGAUUGCUUGCACACAGCCAAUCGUGAUUUAACAUGGCACCUCUACAGCCAUAAGAAUUAUUUACCAAACAAUAUUUUGACGGGAUGGAAAGAAUGGACAUUCUGCAAUGGUUUGAAAACAGCCGAUAACAAUACUUGGAUGCAAGUGUUUGAUAGAUAUUUGGAAGAAUCAGAUCAUAGUUUUUUAAAAUUUUUAACUUGUUCCAAAAAUCCUUUAAUUAUUCUCCAAUACAUACAUUUAAUGGCUAAUGUGACAACAGCUGUGGAUCAUAUAAACGGUUUUUGUAAUAUUGUUGCGAGGCAUGCAAGGAAUCCUGCAUUAUUUGAUUUCAUUUUAGACAGUUUGGAGAAUAUAAAACCCAAAGGAAUCAGUUUUAUUACAGCAUUAACUAUAAUCAUAAACCAUGUUUAUCUCAAGCAACAAAUUAAUAAGAUAAAAGAAUACAUGGAAAUUAAUUUCACGGAUAAUCUAGAAUUUGUGAUUAAUUAUGAAUAUUAUGAAAAUGGCGAUACGCUAAUUAAAUCCUUGCCAUUUAUAAUGAAUGUGGAGAAUAUAAAAAUGUAUGUAAACCGCAAGUUAGAACUACGUCGGAAACAAAUAAAGACUGAAUUGUACGAAUAUCAUUUUCUUAUAAACAAUUUUGCUGAUGUACUUAAAGAAUAUGCAACUGAUUAAUCAAUGAAACCUGGAUAACGAAAUGGUACAGAAUGAGACAGAACAUGCUGGGUAUUCGGCAUACGUAAAAAAUAAUAUAGAAGGUAUACAUUAUAUUCAAUGAAUGUCAAAUGAUCGUUACAACAGAAGUAACAAAAUGAUAUCGACUAAAUAAUGCAAAAGAUAGAGAAUAAAUUAC